GAAAACGAAAAGAGUUGUCCGAAGUCAUAAUACAGUCAUAAUUGAUUUUCAUGAAACACUUCAAACAAGAAAUUGCCAUGCCAAUGGACAGAAGUUUAAAAUGACUUUUCCCAGUUGUUGAAUAGAUGAUUCAAUGACGUACAAUAUAAAUGUUUCAUUCUACAAUAUUACAAGACCACACUUCAGUGAUAAGAACAACCUGAUACUUAUUUUAUCUAGACCCAAAGUUGAUAAACAGUGUACAAACAGAUCUAUUUAUAGUGAUUAAAUAUCACAUGGUUGUUUUGUCACUGCCAUUAAUAAACAAUAUUUUAUACCUGCAGUGUUUUAUUUGGCUUUUUGAAACAAUGUACACCUAACAAUGAACAAAAUCACAGAUUUCUGCAUAUUUUGUCUGCUGAUCCUUGCAGUAUUAUCUGCAUAUGUCAGUGCAGGUGAAGAAAACCUGCUUUGGAGGAACACUUAUCAUCAGUUUGGUUAUGGUUUACAAUACCAGCCAGAAUCUCAACACACAACAGUGGAAUAUAAUGAUGCUAUAGAUCUGUUACUUAGAAAUGGAAUAAAAUCUCUCCUGAUGAAGAAGUCUCAAUACCUUACAGGUCACUUUGCCAUUACUCCAAACAUAAGUAUAUCUGCUAUCUGUAUGAAUGACACAUUGAAGAUGAUUCAGGAUAUAACCAAUGGAACAACCUAUGCAUUUGAUAUGCUGGACUCUGAUGGGAAACCUGGAAGUGGUAUAAAGCAUGGAAACUUGAUAUGGACUGGUAACCAUCCACAGUGUAAACAAGCCAGGGGACCAGGUUUUAAUGGUCAGAUGUGUUCUGUUUUCACUAAUGCAGGCUACAGUCAGUUGAAUUUGCAUUUAGCUUUUGGAGCAUGUUUACCAGACUCUUGCUCUGAGACAGAUGUUGGAGUUAUAGUUUGGGAUGCAUUGCAAAUUAUUGAUGCACAGUUAAAAGUCUUAAUAUACCCAAUUGGAGUAUCCUGUCCACAAGAUCUAAAAUAUGCUAAGAAAGAUAUAGUAGCCAUAGUUGUUUCCAGUAUCAUAGCUUUUGCUGUUGUCAUGGGAACAUUGGCAGACAUUGUAUACAUUUAUUUAGACAGUAGUAGUGACAAAGAUACUAUCCAAGUACGAUCUGAUAGUCCACCAAAUUAUAACGGUAUUCCUGCCAAUAGUGUAAAUGAUACUACAGAGAGAUUAGGACUUUUAUCAAAUAUACCCAAAAAUGAAGUUCUUUAUGGAGAAAGUCCACCAAGUUCAUGUAAUUCUGUUCUGAAACAGAUCAUUCUUUCUUUCUCAUUAAUAACUAACACCAGAAAACUCCUAAACACAUCUACAGCGUCUGGUUCGCUUACAGCUAUCAAUGGAAUGAGGGUUUUGAGUAUGUGGUGGGUGAUUUUAGGUCAUACCUAUGGAUUUCUACCUUUUCUGUCUCUUGUAGAUAACGUGCUUGACUUUGUGGAAUUACUUAAAAGGUUCUCCUUUCAAGCUAUAAUGAAUGCCACAUAUUCUGUGGAUACGUUCUUCUUCAUGAGUGGAUUGCUUGUGGCAUAUACUGUAAUAAAAAAACUACGGGAUGGAGGAAAUAUUAACUGGGUUAUGUUUUAUAUUCACAGAUUUUGGAGACUGACUCCAGUAUAUGCCUUUGCCAUUCUGAUAUGGACAACCUUAUAUAAACGUUGGAUAUGGAACGGCACGUUUGCUACUACGAUGAGGCAAACUGACCCAUGUGAUAAAUAUUGGUGGACAAAUAUUCUUUAUAUUAACAACUUUCAUCCAAAUUAUGGAAGUCUUAAUAAACAGUGUAUGGGUUGGGGAUGGUACUUGGCUAAUGACAUGCAGUUUUACAUUUUGAGUCCAUUGUUUCUGAUACUUCUACACAAAAUGAAAUAUGUUGGACAUGGCGCUAUGUUAUUUUUCCUGACUGGUUGUCUGACAUCAAGAAUGAUAACAGCAGAUUACUAUGGGAUGAGAUUACCAGGAAUUAAUACACCAUUGAACCACACCCAUGAGGCUUGGGCUGAUUCCUCUCCAUUAUAUAAUAAACCAUAUACAAGAAUAGCACCAUACCUAGUGGGCAUGUGGCUGGGAUAUUUAUUGGUGAUAAACAGUAACAGAGUCAGAUUGGGAAAGAUAAAACUACUGAUAGGAUGGUGUGUUGCCAUAACAAUAGGAAUUUCUAUCAUCUAUGGGUUGUAUGGAUUUUACAAAGAUUUCCCUGUCAUCCACCCUGGAAACAAAUCAGAAAGUAUAGUUUACAUUGGCUGUAGUAGAUUUGGAUGGAGCAUAGCUCUAGCCUGGGUCAUAUUUGUAUGUGCGACUGGUCAUGGAGGACCAGUGAACACCAUUUUAUCAUGGAAGGUUUGGGCCCCUCUAGGUAGACUAACUUACUGUGCAUACAUAGUCCAUCCUGCUGUGAUAUUUUACUUUGGUAUAACAAUGGAGAAGACCCUGCAUUAUACAGAUUUAGUCUUUGUACAACAGUAUAUUUCCUUAGUGGUGGUUUCUUAUGGUGUGGCAUUUGUAUUGUCUAUGACGGUGGAAGCACCUAUGCUGGGACUGGAGAAAGUUUUGUUUAAGAGAUGGUUAAAGUAGAAAUCAAGUACAACUGUUUUAUUUGUGGACCAUAAUUUGAUACUAAUAGUAUUGAGAGAUGUAUUCUCAUUUUUAGAAAAAAAGAUGAAAAAUUAUAGAUCUUUACUGACUAUAUCAUGCUAUAUGGACACAUUUUAUGUAUUAUCUUGAUGCUGUUUCUAAGUAUUUUGGUGCAAGCAUUAUAAAUGCUUUAUAACUGCCUCUGAGUGUAUUCAGAAUUUAGUAUUUAGUAGAAUUGUUAGAAUAUUUGAUCUGAAAGUUAUUUUUUAAUUAACUUCUUGAGAAAAAGAAAUGAUUAAAAUAACACAUGUGUAGUGUUUUUAUUUUUAAGCAAUGAUUUUUGAAGCAAAGCUUUGUAAUUUUUGGUAAGUUUUAGUUGUUUUUUCUGAGACAGGAAGAUGUUUAAAGAAUGAAAAUUUUUAACAGUCAUGCAUGAUAGAAUUAUGUAUUACAAAUCUCAUUUACAAUUUUACAGAUCUGAACAUUUAUCAUGUUUACAAAAAAAAUAUGACAGUAAAUAAGUCAUAUUAUAAAGAGUUAUCUCUCCUGAUUUUGCUAACUGCAUUUGAUGUAAUUUUUGUAGUAAUUUUUUUUUUAAGUCACAAAUAUAUCUAAAUAAGUAUAGAAAUUUAUUGAGCCAAUUAUUUAUACAACAACAAAUUGUUUAAGAUUAUAUGUUGAUGUAGCAAUUAUCAUAAUAUAACCUUUUUGUUUUGAUAAAGGUAAGUUUUUGUUAUUGAUUUUUAUGUGUUAAUAUAAAUCAUUGUAGUACGACUGAAGACAUAUUUUGGUAAUUUUU